CGGGCAAUGGAGCAGUGGAGGAGCACAGCGGCGGAGGCGUCGUCUCGCAGCUUCACCAACAUCAACGGGACGAAUGCAAUAGUCGACGCCAUCACUGGCGCCCGCCAGCAGUACCGCCUGGCCGCCGAGGACUGCCGCAUGUUCCGCCCGGGCGUGCAUCCCCUGCCCAACGCCGGCCAGGGCGCUUCAGCAGGCGGCGACAUCAUCGACCUCGCCCUCGGCCGGAUCAAGCGCUUCAGCAGGUUCCACGCCGUAAUGGGCAACGUCUUCUCCCUCUGCGCUGACCACAUCGGGCUCCAGGGCAACGCGCCAUUGUGGCGCGACAGGUGGCAGCUCCACCACGCCGACGCUGCCCGCCACGCGGAGACGGCGCUGCACUGCCUACACUCCGCCAAGUCGCACGGCCAUGCGGCGCUCGGCGUCUUCCACGUCAUGCUCAGGCCGCCAUCGCCGCGAGCGGUCGCCCACGCCUGGGCACCGGCGGCCGAGCAGCUCCUGCGCGGCGCGAUGGACGAUCUGGCCAUGGCGGAGGCCGCGGUGGAGCGGAUGCGCCCGGCCAUUGUCGCCCAGUUCUUCGACGCCUCGAUGCUUCUGCAUGGCUGAUAGCGCGCGCGCGCGGCGGCCAAGCAACCAGUCGUCCGAUCACCAUUCUCUCGUAUGUUUGUGUUCAUCGAUACCUACAUGCACGUACCGUCUGUACGUAGGAGUAUGUGGCUACUACUGCAACUUAUUUCUACAAUCUUCUUUAAACCCAAUCCCUUUUGUCAGUUACAUGUGCAUGAUCGAUAAAUCAUCAUUGACGUGCCGUGAGCUUCAGAACUUUUUGAUUCAUAGUCACAAAAGAUGGCAUG